CUACCUGCGCCGCUGAACACAUCACAUCUCAAUCGCAAGCAAAGAUGGCCGCGUCAUAAGUAGAUUUGUAGUUCCAAAACGAGACGAGCCGUUUGUUUACGAGCACAACUACGCCGGACUGGAUCUCCGCCAGCAUUCGGGCAGUUAUAUAUGUACAUUCGAAGGGACUCCAAAGCAAUGAAAUCCACCGACAGCGCCAAGUGCCUGGGCAGCAAGUCCUUGGCAAUCUGUUGCCUGCUUCUCCACCUCCUACUCUGCAUUCGACCAGCAGUGUCGCAGACUCAAAGUCCAUCGCGUUAUCUGCAUAAUGUGGACAGCAAUAAUAACAACAACGAACGCCUGCACCAGAUACUCAAGGGAUCCGGAGCAGGAUCGGGAGCCACGCAGCUCAACUGGCCACAGCCGCCGAAGCAAACUGUUCCCGACGUCAAGACUGAGCUGGCCAAGCUAAACAACACUUACGUUUACCAGAACGCCUGGCCGGCAAACAAUGUGAAACUGGGUGCAGUGACAGCUGUAAGUUUCGACAAGGCCGGCAACGUGGUAAUCUUUCAUCGCGUGGACCGCGUCUGGGGACAGACCACAUUCGAUAACAGGAACCAGUACCAGGAGAAGUACCGCGGGCCCAUCAGGGAGAGCACCGUCUUGGCACUGGAGCCCGCAACAGGCAAAGUGCAAUACGACUGGGGCAAGAACUUUUUUUACAUGCCCCAUGGCCUGACCGUGGACCCCGAAGACAACGUUUGGUUAACAGACGUCGCCAUGCAUCAGGUUUUCAAGUUCCCGCCUCGUGGAGGCGAUGGAAAACCAGCGUUGACUCUGGGCGAUGCCUUCCAGCCCGGUUCAGGACGCAAAUUUUGCAAGCCCACCUCGGUGGCGGUGUUGGAUAAUGGCGACUUCUUCGUGGCGGAUGGAUACUGCAAUGCUCGCAUCCUUAAGUACUCACGAACAGGCGAACUGAUCCUCUUCUGGGGACAGAACACCUUCUCUGGCAUAUCCUACGACGUGGCGCCCCAGAACUUCUUCGCGAUUCCCCACGCUCUGACUCUCGUCCCAGAGUUGCAGCUACUCUGCGCAGCUGAUAGGGAGAAUGGGCGCGUACAGUGCUUCCUCUCGAGCAAUGGCACCUUUCACUCACAGUACCACAACCAGCUGAUAGGGGACCGCCUCUUCAGCAUGGCUUACACCCCGGCAGCGGGUGGGCAGCUGGUCAUUGUCAACGGACCAACCGCCGAAUUAGGCAUCCAUCCUGAGCACUACAACGAGGUUCACGGCUUCGUGCUAAGCAUGCGCAGCAAGCAACUGGUGUCUAAGUUCGGCCCCAAUAACCUCCAGUUCCAGAACCCGCACGACGUGGCCGUUACAGCCGACGGCAAUGAGAUCUACGUGGCCGAGCUGAAUCCAAUGCGUAUCCACAAGUUCGUGCACCGAUCACUGGCCAAACCAAUGUCCUUGUCGGCCAGCAAGGACUCUAGGGACAGCGCUAUUAGCCAAGCUGUGGGAGGGGAUCAGGUUCCCGCAAUGGCUGUGCACCACCCGAGCGGCAAGGCCAUCCUAGUGGCUUCGCUCAUGCUCCUUUUCGCCGGCUCUACCUUUGCGUUGGCUUUGAUCUUCGCGCGGCGAAGGAAACGAGGUUGCCUGCCUUUCGGAGCCCGCAGUCGUCGCCACGCGUGGGAGAAAAGCGAUGGCUUCAAGCUGGGCGGACUUCUCGAUCGGGAUCGCAACGGAUUCGAGAAGCUGGACCAGCAGGCCAGCGACGAGGAGCAGGAGACGAAGACACUGGCGAGUGCCCAGUACGCCUAGGCGAAGGACCAAGACUUACGCAGCUAACAAAGCAUUCCUAGUUCUAACUACCUGUACCUCAUUGAAAUACCGACCUAGUUUUACGCGAGCUAUAUGUGUGUACUUUAGGUGACUUUAUUUACCUUCCUUGUGGUGCAUAUCGCAGAGAAUUCCGAUCGGGGUGUAUUUUAAGUUGAUUUAUUGAGCCGUUUGUUCAAUAUAUUUUAAACAGCUUAUUUAUGGAAACUUCUUUUGAAGAACCGACUAUGCGACUAUUUUUCGGUUAUUUAUUACUUAGUCGAAUUCUUGAUUUAAAAGAAUAAAUUUUUAAAAUGUAUGCCUAAACAGCUCGAAAAUAUCUGAGAUAUUGUAGGUGCCACUAGAGUCUAGUGACUUGACCACAUCCUUUUAAUUUUUUUCGAAUCAAAUCGAAGUUCUCCGCGAAUGCGCCUUUUAUAUACUGCUAUUAAUUUGCCAAAAGGAAUAUAGUCGUAUGAAUCUGUCA